ACCAGACACACCCACUCAGUGAACACCGCUAACUAAUAACCGGUGUUUUGUCAGGGGAAGAUUUUAACGAUGGCUCCACGAAAUAAAGCCUCAAAUACAAAUCGUAAAACCAAAGUUUUCAUUGCAUUUGACGAAAAUAACAGAAAGAAUUUCCUGACAGGUUUCAGGAAACGAAAGAAGGAACGACAAAAUAAAGCGAAAAAAAUGUUGGAAGAAAAACUGAAAAAAGAAAGAAGAGAAAUAAGGAAAGAGAAACGAGAACUGUUCAAGACAAUGGCACGAGAAUCUGCAAUUCCUGAAGAAAUCAAACAUCUUCUUGAUCCCAAAGUUUAUGAUUUGGACAACCACACUGUAACAGUAACAGACAUCUCAGAAGUUGACCUUUCUGGUCAAGAUGGAUUACGACUGGGAGUAAACAAGGCUCUUAGAGACGAAAAGGAACCAGCAGAAACCCUAACAGACCCAUCAGAGGAGAAUACUGAUGAAAAAGUGAAAAAUAAGAAGAUUUUUGAAGAGAAACUUCGCAAUCGGAUCAAAAAAGCCAAUGAUUUACAGCAAAGACUGAAAGCAAAACAGAAGAAAAAACAUGUCCCUCGAAGUGAUUUGGACCCAAAGUCUAGAAAAGAUAAAAUGUUUCAGAGAAAGAAGAAAUAAAAGGGUUAUUUUUUUUAGCUUA